AUGGCCAUCCACCCUGAGCUUCCUGGCUUGGAAGUCAAAGUUUGCGUCCAAGGCCAGCCAUUGCAGGAGUACGACGACGAUAAGAUUCCUGAGCCGAAUACAACGACAAAGUACAUUGAAGCGCGCUCAGGCAAGAGUUUCUCGAUUAUGACCGAAUUCAAGACCCCAUUCCCAGCUCAGUAUGACGUCCUGGCUCGAAUCUCUAUUGACGGGGUAAUGAUGGACAUCAAGAUACGCAAGCGAGAUGAACUUUUCCAAGGCUGGAAGGUCAAUACCUAUCGUUCUUACCAAGGCGGCGAGUGUGUCAAACAGAAAUUCACCUUCGCCAAACUGAAUAUUAGCAAACCUGUUGUUGUCAUCUACUUACGGUUUUGUGCAGCGGAAGAGGCUGAUAAGGCUGCCCCCGAUGUUGUUGCUCUGGAGCAAAUUCUCAGCAUCAAAGGUUGUAUUACUCUUUCUCUCAACUUCGUCGAAUUCAUCCAAGAUGUGGUCACAGACGAUACAAGUUACAACGAUGAUAGACAUCAGCAACUUGCAGCGCUCCAGGAGAUUCCAGAGAAGGCGCUUAAAGGCGACGCCCUAUCGCACCAAGCAGUGUAUGUAGAGAGUGGGUAA